AUGCAGUUCAAAUCAACUAUACUUGCUACCGCAUUACUAAGCGUAUCAGCUUCCGCUGCAUCUAUUCCAUCUCAAUGUAGUAUCGGAACUAGUGCUACUGCUACUGCCCAAGCUGAUUUAGAUAAAUAUGCUGGUUGUGAAACCUUAUACGGUAAUUUGACUAUUACUGGUGAACUAGGUUCUGCUGCCCUUGCUAACGUCCAAAAAAUUGACGGUUCAUUAAAAAUUUUCAACGCUACAUCUUUAGGAACUUUCUCUGCUGAUUCCAUCGAAUCUAUUACAGGUGCUUUAGAUCUACAAAGUUUGACUAUUCUAACAAGUGCAUCCUUCGGUUCCUUAAAAGAAGUCGACAGUAUCAACCUAGUGACUUUACCAGCCAUUACUACUUUUGCCAGUAAUUUAGAAACCGCCAACAACAUCUACAUCUCAGAUACCUCUUUGGAAUCCGUCGAUGGUUUCUCCGUCCUACAAUCCGUCAACGUCUUCAACAUCAACAACAACAGAUACUUAACUUCUAUCAAAUCUAGUCUAAAAACCGUCUCGGACUCCCUACAAUUCGAUUCUAACGGUGAUGAUGCCAUCAUCUCUUUUGACAACUUAAUCUGGGCUAAUAAUAUCACUUUAAGAGACGUUAACCAAGCAUCUUUCGCUUCUUUACAAACUGUUAACGCUUCCAUGGGUUUCAUUAACAACUCUAUCGAAUCUUUAAAUAUUUCUCAAUUGUCCAAGGUUGGUCAAACUUUCACCGUUGUGUCUAAUGACGAAUUAACCAAGUUGCAAUUCCCAAAUUUGACCGCCGUUGGUGGUGGUUUCGUUGUUGCUAACAAUACUGCUUUAAAGACUAUUGACGGUUUCAAGAAUUUGAGUACUGUCGGUGGUGCUAUUAUCGUUACUGGUAACUUCACUGAAUUAGAUUUGUCUUCUUUGAAGUCUGUCAGAGGUGGUGCUGAUUUCGAAACUAAAUCUGGUAACUUUUCUUGUUCUCCAUUAAAGAAAUUACAACAAAAGGGUUCCAUUCAAGGUGAUUCAUUCGUCUGUAAAAACGGCGCUGUUUCCUCUUCAAAAGUGUCUUCUAAGACUUCUUCUCACUCAUCUUCUGCUACAUCAGUUGUCAGAGCUGCUUCAUCUACCAUCAGUUCAUCUUCUUCAGAUUCAUCUUCGACUGACUCUUCUUCCAACGGAACUUCUUCUAGUUCCUCAAGUUCUAGAGGUGCUGGCGCUCAAUUUGCUCCUGCUUCAUCUUUCAUGGGUGCUAUUGCCGCCAUUGCUGUCGCUCUAUUAUAG